UUCAUCUGAAAAAUGUCUGACAUACGAGCGUUCUGUAAAGGGGGCAGGAGCGAUGUUCAACCAUCCGAAAUGGAAAGCACGCAAGCAUUAGAAAAAGGAAAAAACAAAUUUGUCUUCAUUUAUUUAUUUUGUGUUCCUCAUAAAUAAAGUAAGUUAACAUUUCUUCUGUGAUCAGCUGGCAUGAAUAACUAAGUAAGCAGCAUUUUAGCAGUGAUAUAGGAAACAUUGUUAGUCAUAUCAGUCCUUUGCAAUCUUUCUUUCACACAUAUUUGAAGGACAAGUGCAUGUGUUUACAGGACGAGUGAAAAUGUUAAUGCACUUGUCCUGCAGGACGAGUGCAAUUUAUAAAUAUUUUUGUCCCCUGGCACUCGAAUUCGGAUAAGUAAUUCGAAUAAGAAAUAAAACAAUCCACAGGCGUACAUCCAGAAUAUUGUUUAUGUGUAAAAUGGCUGUGAAUAAUACGGGCUGUAAUGCUUAUAUUACAUGUUUUGGCUGUCAUAUGCCCUGUGUAAAUGCUCCGGUGAAUAAAAAGGAAUUAUACAGAUGCACAACAUAUUAAAAGAAUUACACGGACACAGAAAAGUCCUAUUUUGGCGGUCUCCAAAAAGUACAAAAGAAGAAAAGGAGAGGUAGAAUGCAAAACCAUGGAAAGUGACACAGCAAGUGAGAGUGAGAUUAUAAAGACAUUUUAUUCCACAACCCAAACUAGCGGUAACUCUUUAUCGGCUAGGGUAAGUGUGGAGACCUUAAAUUCACACCAAACACUAGAUAACUCUGUUUGUGUCAAAGUCGAGACUGAUGAAUGGUAUACUACAGCUGCUGGUUUUUAUUCUGCGUCUGCCAAAUUAAAACAGAUUCAAGGGGACAAGAUACAUCCAGAUUGCAACAAACAAGAUGGCUUCAAUUUAAUACAUGCACAAACAGGAUGUUUACAGAUGGAUCAAGAUCACACCAAACAAGAUGGCUCCACCUUCGAAUGUCUUAAAUCAGAACAGACAAAAUGUGAAGUUCUGCAUCAAGAUGUCACAAGACAAGCUUACGUCAAUUCUGUAUGUGCCAACAAAAACACAAACGCUAAUUCAAAUGCAUUUACAGCACAAGAUGAGCUCCAUUCUGUAUGUGGGGAGACAAAACAGUUUCUAAAUCUAAAUACAGACCAGAGUCAUUUAACAACACAUGACCCCAAUUCUGUGUGUGGUAAACCUAAACAGAAUAAAAAUACAGAAACAGACAAUGGAAAUAGAACAUCAAAUGAUCACAAUUCCUUAUGUGGGAAAAGAUCUCGGACUUCUCGUUUUAAAACACCCAACAUACUGCGUGUUAAGACUGCACCUUCAAGUCGUUUAGGAAGUGUUUCUUUACUUAAGAAUCUGAUGACUGUGAAUUCUGCUGAACAGCAUCUGCCGAUUCCAAGCAAUUCAUCUCUUCAUGCAAAAGCAAGUGCUCGCACUUCAAAUGUCAAAACAGUUCCAUCCUACCAUUUAAGUCCAUCAGAUGUUUUAAAGGAAGCUGAUGACCGACUUUUGUUGCGAAGUUGGUAUGCCCUGCCCUCCAACAAUCAUAGUGUUCAUGCAAUAGAAGGAAGUAUAAUCGAUGCUAAGCCAGUUAUCUCCAAUCUGGAUUCAUACACUUUACACGGCAAUGUACAGCAUGGGAGUAUUUUAAGCACCAGUUCAGGGUUUGUGCCAUCUGUUGUAUCCCCUUUGGUGCCUCCAGUUGACAGCCAACCUACUGACUCUGCCAAGGAAGGUAAUAUUCCUCUGCCAAGUUGUACACCUCAGAGUUCACAGCCCCAAUACAACCAGCAACAGCAGCCACAACUUGUAACCAGAGUAAAGGCACCGCAAAUAAGGGCCAUAGCGGAACCAGUGUUUGAUGAAAAACAGGAUACUGAUGAUAAAAACCACAAGGAAAACAAGCAUUUGGUUUCAAACGAAUUGCAACUGAGCCAAAUUUGUUCUCAAGAAGUUUUGUUAGAUUCUGAAAAUGGGAAGUUAAUGCAAACUUAUGUACCCCAUUCUGUCUCUGAUGUGACUCCUGUCAUUCAUUGUGCUUCCAAAACUGUGGCAAUUUUUGUAUGCACAUUGCCAGUUCAGGUUUUGCCAACGAGUAUUAGCAUCCCUUCCGUUGUUAGCAGUUCAGUGACAGCUGGCAGUCGUAAAUCCUCUGAUGCUUUGGGUGAAAGGGCUUGUAAAUCAGUUAAAAAGGACGUUCCUACAAAUCAAUCCAUUGGUUUGUCAAGUGAUGUAAUGGAAAGUAUUUACCAAAACGUUGCAAAAUUACCUGUCAAUGCUGUGGAUGUGCCAAUGUUUUUAAUCAGUUGUGAUUCAAAGUCAAAUCAAUCACAAGACAUAUCGGACAGUCAGAGCAAUGGAAUGCCACUCUUUGUAAGUUCAAACAUGGCAGAAUUUGCAGUGACAUCCGAGAUCAAUUCAAAUCUAGCAGCAAAAUCUGUUGAAUCUUCUGAUGACUACAUUGAAAGAAACAAAAGGAAAAGCAAGAGCUGUCAGGCAACUCAUCCGUCGCUGAAGAGGAUUCGAUGUCAAGGUUCGUCCAGAGGUGUAGUCCAGCCAAGGAGUCAUUCAGCAAGAGAGAAUGCUGUGACAAGGACUGUCCCCCUUUUCAUGAAAUCAUCUAAAAUAAAAUUGGACAGAACGGGUGUCCGCGUAAAGAAAGUUAAGAGAAUGAAGAAAGCCAAUACCCCAGAAAAGGACAAGACUGAGUACAGUCUUCAAGAGAGGAACCUUGCCAGCUGUAUGAAUCUGGAACCUCCAGAUAAUGACCAUUUUCUCUACUGUGGAGAAUGCAACAAGGAGUUUGAAGGGGACUGCCCUGUCCAUGGACCCUACAACUACAUACAGGACAAAGAGGUGCAAGAAGGGGACCCUCUUAAAGCCUACCAUACAUUGCCAGAAUGCCUUGAAAUCAAAAGCUCCAAAAAAGUUCGAGCUGGUCUUGGAGUGUUUUCCAAGGUGGGACUGGCAUCCAGGAUCAUGUUUGGACCAUAUAGGGGCGAUAUCAUCACAGACAACCCCAAGUCAGGAUAUUGCUGGCAGAUCUAUAAGGAAGGCAAAGCGAGCCACUUUGUGGAUGCCCAGAACAAAGCCACCUCUAACUGGAUGAGAUACGUGAACUGUGCAAUGAAGGAGGCAGAUCAGAACCUUGUAGCAUUCCAGUACAAAGGAGGCAUCUAUUACUGCACAUUGAAGCCAAUUUCACCAGAAGAGGAACUGCUGGUCUGGUACGGAGAUGAAUUUGCCAGAGAACUUGGUCUUAACCGAGACGAUAAGUGUAAGGUGUGUGGCUUUUUAUGUAAACAUAGUGGUAACUUGAAGACACACAUGAGGAUACAUACAGGAGAAAGACCGUACAAGUGUGAGGUGUGUGGUUAUUCAUGUAGAACAAAAUGGAACUUGAAGGCACACAUAAGGAUACAUACAGGGGAAAGACCGUACAAGUGUGAGGUGUGUGGUUAUGCAUGUAUUGAGAGUGGUACAUUGAAGACACACAUGAGAAUACAUUCAGGAGAGAGACCGUACAGGUGUGAUGUAUGUGGUUAUGAAUGUAACCAGAGUGGUUCCUUGAAGAUACACAUGAGGAUACAUUCUGGAGAGAGACUGUACAAGUGUGAUGUGUGUGAUCAUGCAUGUAGCGGGAGUGAUGCCUUAAAGAGACACAUGAGGAAACAUACAGGAGAGAGACUGUACAAGUGUGAGGUGUGUGGUUAUGAAUGUAACCAGAGUAGUUCCUUGAAGAUACACAUGAGGAUACAUUCUGGAGAGAGACCGUACAAGUGUGAGGUGUGUGGUUAUGCAUUUUACAAUAGUGGUACAUUGAAGACACACAUGAGAAUACAUUCAGGAGAGAGACCGUACAGGUGUGAGGUGUGUGGUUAUGAAUGUAACCAGAGUGGUUCCUUGAAGAUACACAUGAGGAUACAUUCCGGAGAGAGACCGUACAAGUGUGAGAUGUGUGACUAUGCAUGUAACAUUAGUGGUACCUUGAAGACACACAUGCGAAUACAUACAGAAGAAAGACCGUACACGUGUGAUGUGUGUGGUUAUUCAUGUAGAACAAGUAGUAACUUGAAGGCACACAUGAGGAGACAUACAGGAGAAAGACCUUACAAGUGUGAAGUGUGUGAUGAAGCAUUCAAACUGAGUGGUGACUUGAAGGCACACAUGAGGAUACAUACAGAAAAAAAAACGCACAAGUGUGACUUUUGUGGUUAUGCAUGUAAUGAGAGUUGUAACUUGAAAAAACACAUGAGGAUACAUACAGGAGAAAGACCGUACAAGUGUGAGGUGUGUGAUUAUGCAUGUAUCCAUAAUAGUUACUUGAAGACACACAUGAGGAUACAUACAGGAGAAAGACCGUACAAGUGUGAGGUGUGUGGUUAUGCAUGUAACCAUAGGGCUAGUUUGAAGGCACACAUGAGGAUACAUGCAGAAGAAAGAGUGGUCUUAAAUUAAUUAUGCUGCGUGUAAAUCAUAAGUUUAUUUGUAACGAUUUAAAUGUUAUUACUAAUACCUGUGAAUUUUAGUAUGCAAAGUAUUUUGACACAUUUAUGUUUUGAUCAUAGUGUCUUUUUUACAUUUUUCAGACUCGAUUAAGAAGGUUAUAAAGGUUUACAAUGAAUGAUUGACAAUCAUAUUUGAUUUCAUUAUUCUGCCAUUCAAUACUUCAUUUAAAGCCACACACCUUGAAAUGAAAUACAUGGCAUAGUAAAUUUAAGUAUAUAUAAGAGACAUAUUUUAUCUAUGCCAAUUAGAAUAUAUCUGGUGGUUACAAGACAGAAAUCCGUCUCUUUUGCGCUUUAUAACUUAAAAAAUAAUCGCGUUUGUCAAAAUGGACGUAUACGUCUAAAAAUCCUACUUUCGGUUUUAAAAGCGGUACCGUUUGAAAAAUAAUAAAUUACUUGCAAACUAGGCUAUGCAUGUAGAUUUAAUUUUAUCAACCUUAAUAAGAAUAUAUAUGGUUAUUACAAGGUAGAAAACCGUCUUUUUGCGCUUUAAAACUUAAAAAUAUUCGCAUUUAUCGAAAUGUACGUAUACGUAUAGAAAUCCUACUUUCGGUUUUAAAAUUUAAAGAAAUAUAAAUUACUUUGCGAACUAGGCUAGAGAUUUAAUGACAAUUUUGCACACUUUCACAUUGCAUCCAUAUGUAUUGAUUAACAUGUACUUCAAUUCAAGGUGUGUGGCUUUAAAUGUUUAGGAUAUAAAAUGCAAGAAAAUCAUGUCGUAAUGUGCUUAAGGAUACUGUACAACCAUUAAUAUUCCUCAGUAUGAAAUGUUGUAGUGUUUCAAAAAAUGACUAGUUUGCCAAUACUUUAAUUCUCUGGUUUACAUGUAUGAUUUUGAAAAAAAAGGACUUUUCAUCGGCCAUUUUCCGUUUUUUUUUGUAAUACUUGUCUUCAAAAAAUCGUGAUGGAGAGAGGCAGGUAAUUAGGUAGUCACUUUUAUGAUAUACCACAAUUAAAUUUGUCAUUUGUUAUGAGGUUAUAGUAACUGGAUUGUUUUAUUGCAUGAUGCCAAUUAACUAGUUCAUUGUUAUGAUUUGUGAAUAAGUGGGACUGAAAGACUGUGAAGGAAUGCUUGAUGCGACGAAGCUGUUUUCCAAUAUAAAGAAAUUCAAUAACUAUCAUCGCCAAACUGUUUUUAUUUGUUUUGUUAUAAACGUUUCUCAUUGUGAUGUCGCAAUUUUCAUUGACUUAGUUAAGAUUAUUUACUUUAUAUUUAUUGUAUACAUUUGAUAAUUGCAUGUACAAUGCGUAUUUAUGUACUCCAUAACUGUGAUUUCUAUCGAUUGCUGUAAUUAUUGUUUGGUGAAAUAAAUUUACAUUUAUAUA